GCACUACAAUUCCCGCGAUCCCCCGCGCGGCGGAGCCUCCCCUCCAACCCCUCCGCCUCCUUCGCCCUCUCUCCCACUCGGCUGGGCCCGCGAGGAAGUCGCAAGAUGGCCGAUGUCGCUUGGAAGUAAGGUUCCCCCCCCCCCUUCGCAACAUGAGCAAGCCGUGAGCGCGGACGACGGCGAGGGACUCGCAACCCCUGGGCGUUUCUUUUCCCCCUUUCUUUUCGUUCCGUUCGACGCCCGCCUCGUUUCCUUCCGCGUUCGUAUCCGCCCCGGACUUGUCUCGGGAGUUGACGCGUCCAAAUCACGCCGGGGACCCUGCCAGCCACAAGCUAGCCGUGCACGCACGCACGCCGCGGCAAAUUACAAGUACGGCCACGCAGACACGACGACGUGUGCGUUGCGCGUGGAUUCUAUUUUACAUUUUUUUUACAAGCGGGACACCCGAAUGCGGAAACGUAACCCGGUUUUGAGUUGACUGUAUGGGGGGGUUAAAAAAAUGGUCGCUGUCAGUUGAAAGAGUUGCGCUAGCCACAGCUCGGGUUUAACAUGUCCGCGAAGUGGCCGUCCAGCUCGGCUAACUAGCAGUGCGCAGUUCUGAUCCAUUUGUGGGCAAUUUCUCUGCUACUUUUUUUAUUUUUAUUUUUUUAUCAGUUUUUGGACACCACCGCCCGGGGGGGGACCGUGUCUUUUCGGGAGCGGGUGAUGUUGUGGAUGGAGUAAAAAAUAAAAAUUGAUAACCGGUUGGAGCUACGCUGGCCUUGCGGGCCAAGAAUCCACAAAGAUGGACACGGCACUCCGCACCCAAAAUUAAAUCGAAAAAUAGUGUAGUCACAUUUUGGAGAGGUGGUGGUGGACGUAACUCAUCAGCCGCAGUCACGCGAGUGAUUCGUGUCGUCAGUCGUGGGCUUCUCCGGCAGGCUAAAGCCACCCCACUUGUCACUACUUUAGGUCGGGAGACGGGUUAGCUCGCAGUCGGCUAGCUCGUCUCGCCCCGCAUCCCGUCGCAAACACGGCGUACCGAACGUAUUCCGAGCCCGCUCCCGGUCACACGCACAGGCUCAACACCACCGUUAUGGGCGUGCAGGGCUUCCAGGAAUACCUGGAGAAGCGGUGUCCCGGCGCCGCGGUGCCCGUGGACCUGCUCAAGCUCGCCCGUACAGCGGCCCGCCAGCCCCCUCACCACCACCACCACCACCCUCACCACCUGCACCACCCCGGGCCCAUGCCGCCCCCUCCUCCGCCGCCCCCGCCCGCCAGGAUCCUCGUCGACGCCGACUCCGGCCUGCAGCGCCUCUAUGGCGGCUACCAGACGGACUGGGUGUGCGGCGGCCAGUGGAACGCCAUGCUGGGCUACCUGGCCGCCCUGUCGCAGGCCUGUUUGUUCCAGGGGGGCCUGGAGCUGGUGGUGGUGUUCAACGGCACGCUGGGGAAGGAGCGCUGGCCCGAGUGGGCGCGGCGAGCUCAGGGCCAGCGGCAGACUGCGCAACUCAUCGUUAACCACGUCGGCAGCAAGGCCACCCCGCCUCCCCGGGCAUGGUUCCUGCCCCCGGCCUGCCUCAGCCACUGCAUCCGCCUCGCCAUGUUCCGCUUCCGAGUGAGGGUUGUACAGACUUUGGAGGAUCAUCACCAGGAAGUGCUGUCUCUCUACAGGGACUACGGAUUCGCUGGCCUGAUCGCUCAGGAUUCGGAGUUUGCGUUGUGCAACGUGCCCGCCUAUUUCUCCUCGCACGCACUCAAACUGAGCUGGAACGGCAAAAACCUGACCACACACCAGUAUCUGCUGUCCGAAGCUGCCAGGCAACUUGGGCUGAAGACACAACAUCUUCCCUGCUUCGCUGCUCUGCUUGGAAAUCAUAUUCUGCCUGAUGAAGACCUGGCUGCCUUCCACUGGAGCCUCCUGGGACCAGAACACCCUCUAGCAUCUCUCAAGGUGCGAGCCCAUCAAUUGGUACUGCCACCCUGCGAAGUGGUGAUCAAAGCCGUGUCAGAGUACGUCUCCUCCCUUAAAGACCUUGGAAACCUGGACGCCAUCGCAAGAGACGUCUUCAAACAGUCACCGGUGGGUCAUUCUCGCAUGGAAGACAAGGUGGAUCGAUUCAAGAAAGCUGUGGAGUAUUUCUCAGCAGCCUCUAAACCACGAUCGCUUAAUGUGGGACCUCCCGCUUUCAUUUUACCUGGGUUUGGGCCCACUCCAUUUGGGGGACCACCUGGCCACAUGGGACCGAUGCAUCCUGGAAAAAAUCAGUUCCCUCCUCCCCAGGUGGCCGGCUUCAAACCGCCUUUCGCCAAUGCUCCAUUUGGACCCGGGUCCGCCCCUCUGUUCCAGAACCCACCGCCGCCAUCACAAGACUGCAACGAUUCCCCGACAGGAAAGAUGGGCUUCUCUGACUGGUCGGCGCCAUACGAUUCCUCUCAGGGCGGAGGGCGUUUGCCCAAUCACCACGCGGGCGCUCAGUCCGGUCCUUCUCCGUCGCCUUCCUCGUCAUCGGAUGGAGACGAACCCAAUGACAACAAUGCAAACCAUUUGACAGACAAGUCCUCACGCUGGGAAGAUCCCGCUGGCAGGGAGGGCUCAGCUUCUGGAGACGGUUCCCAAGGCAACGGGAGCGGGUCAAGCAUUCCGUCACUUUUGUCUAUGGCGACACGUAGUCACAUGGACAUAACCACACCCCCUCUGCCUCAGGUUAGUGCUGAGGUUCUUCGUGUAGCCGAACACAGACACAGAAGAGGGCUGAUGUAUCCACAGAUUUACCACAUCUUGACCAAGGGAGAGAUGAAAAUGCCAGUAUGUAUAGAGGAUGAGUGUAACUCCGAGCUGCCUCCCGCCUCGCUGCUGUUCCGAGCCGCCAGGCAAUACGCCUAUGGUGUCCUCUUCAGUCUGGCUGAAACACACCGCAGACUGGAAAGACUCGCCCUCCGCAAGAGAGCUCCCUUGGAAGGUUGGGGCUGGGAUUGUCAAGUAUUCCGAGUUCCUCCAGUGAUUGUCAAAGAGUGGAGCAGCGGUAAAGCCAAGUCUGCCCUGACUCCUGAACUGGUCCCGGCUCUGUGUUUCCGGGAGUGGACCUGCCCGAACCUGCGUCGCCUGUGGUUGGGUCGUGCCAGCGAGGACCGCUCCAGGAGAACAAGGGCCUUCCUGGCCUGCCUCCGCUCCGACUGCCCGGCCCUCCUCAACCCGGCACAGGUUCCGCAGCAUCUGCUGCUCAUGUGCUGCGUGCUCAGGUAUAUGAUGCAGUGGCCUGGAGGAAGGAUCCUUCAGAGAAAUGAGCUGGAUGCCUUCUUGGCCCAGGCCGUUUCCAACCAGCUCUACGAACCAGACCAACUACAGGAGCUCAAGGUGGAGAAGGUGGAUGCCCGCGGCGUGCAGUUGGCCGCUCUCUUCAUGGCCGGCGUCGACACGGCUCUCUUCAUCAACGAUGUGUGCGGCCAGCCACUGCCUUGGGAGCACUGCUGUCCCUGGGGCUUCUUUGACGGCAAACUGUUCCAGAGCAAACUGGCCCGCGCUGCCCGCGAUCGUGCCGCCCUGCUAGAUAUGUGUGAAGGCCAGGAGGAGCUGGUGUCCAAGGUUGACAAGAUGCGGCAGGCCAUACUCGAGGGCAUCAAUCUGUCUCGUCCUCCUCCUCCGCCUCCCCCUCUUCCGCCCCCUGCCUUCUUACAAUCUGCUAUGGUGCCCCCUUUCUACCCUAUGCCACCCCUCUACCCACCUCGCCCCAUGGGCGGCAUGCCACCACAUCACCCGCAUCAUCCACACCACCCUGCCCAGCAUAGACCAAGAGCCUUCCCAGGUAUCCAGUCAAUACCCCCUCAGGGAGGAAAGCUGGAAAUUGCUGGCAUGGUUGUUGGCCAGUGGGCUGGGAACAAACCAAUACGAGGCAGAGGAGGGUUCAACAUGCAGGUGGUUUCAGUAGGAGCCGGCAAAGGGAGGGGUAAAGACAUCCCGGCAAAGCUAAGGGGAGGGAAAAAAGCUCCUGCCAAUAGAACACAGACAUCGUCGCCUCCUCCAUCCAACAGUCCCCCGAAGCCCUCCGAGGAGGCGAGCUCCACGCCGGAGGUCGCAACUCGGCAGCUGAACGGCAGCUCGGCGCCCGUCGGGCAGCCCUUGGAGCUGGCCCCCCUGGCCCAGCCAAUCCAGUGUGCCUUAGCCAGCAGAGACAACCAAUCAGAAGGGGUGCAAGCAGAGGCCCCCUGUUGCCUUGAUGACUGCCCGUCAGACGGAGCGCUACAAAAGGAGGAGUGAUGACGUCCUCGGAGAAAGUGUGAGAGAGCGAGAGAGAGAGAGAGUUGUUUUUGACUGCCUUUCCCUGUCUUUGUAGCCCCGCCUGCCAUCUGUGCACGCGAUCACACGGAGCAGGAUUAUGCGGCGCUGCUCCGUGUGAUGCGUCCUAACAGUCGGCUGUCACAGCGGCUAAAUCCCAAUUUUAGUUUUCUCAUGUGUUUUUUUUGUUUUUUGUUUUUGAGAGAUUUUCUCCAUGAAUCUGUAAGCACCCUACCCCUCCAAAAAUAGCCUCCCUCCCGCACACAAACUCAAGUAAGCUUAAAAGGUCCACCCCAUCGCCACCGUCUCGUAAUCAAGAUUCUCAUCCCUGCCCCCCUUUUAAGUACGGCUUACCGCGCAAUUUCUCAUGUCGUCUUUUAAUGGUCCCGCUGUUCCAAACCCCGCACACAGAGGUUACGUUCGCACUCGACGGUGAAAAGAUUGCGGUUUCCACGGUUACGGCAUCUGAGCCACCAGGCUCACCGCGGUCCACCGCCGUGUCAGCCUCGGUUUGCGGUUGUCGCCUCACGUGAGGUUUGAAUUACGGGAGCCGAGCGAUAUUCGAAGAUGGGAAGAGUCGAACUGCCUCGAGAGGCUCAUCUGUACGCUUGGCAAGAUAGCCGCCCUGCUCAAACAUGGUUUGCAUUCUUGCUUAGCGCGACCUUUACAGAUUGACUGCACCAUAAUUUUAGGAUCCAUUUUUAGUUUGACCUAUGUAGCAUAGCCGAGUUUUUACCUGUGCUAAGAAACCCCAUGAAUUUACGCACCUUAACCCUUCAAGUAUGCAAGGUUUUACACCGGUCCCACCCACCCCCACCCCCCUAAAAAAAAAAAAAAAAAGAGUGCAUUAUAUUAUAUUCUCACCCUCGUGCCCCUUUCUCCCAAAGCUUUGAUUGUACAUCCCAACACAAGCACUUGAUGUUGUAUUUAAAUGUAAAACUUUUUUUUUUUUAAGAAAAAAAAAAAGAGAGAAGCCCCCUGAUACCAACUAAUUGACAGUGUUGUGGGGUGUGCGUCUGAGUAAAUGUUAAUGAUGACAGAGAACUACAUUUAAAAGGUUAGAGAUAUAUUUGCGAGACAUCAGAAUGUGUACAGAGUGGUUCCAGACAAAACGAGGCACUUUGAUUUUUUUCAAGAUGUAAAAACCACACUGGAUGGUCCUCUUGCCAGGUGACCAAGAAGUCAAAACACCUCGAGGCACCUUUCGAGAGUUAAAGGCCAAAAAAAAAAAAAAAAAAAAAAGACAAGACUGCUGCUAACCUGGCAGAUCACAGAAGGUUCCUUGCAGACCCUGCAAAUCAGCCGAAAACAUUCACUAAAAGAACUUAUGGAGGACACCCGAUUCUCCUUUUCUGGGAGGAGUUGUCCCUUUCAGAAAAGUCAUAUCCAAAGUGUAUUCGAACGCGCCGAGCCGACUGCCUGACGUCAAAGGGGCGCAACCAUCUUCGCCCCGAAUAUCCCUCCAUCCCCCGGGGCGGCGGCGAUCGUCGUCUUAACACGAAGAGCAGCGCCGCCGCCGCCGAGUUCCGGCGCGUCACUUUUAGACCAACAGAAUGCACUUUCCUGCCCUAAAGGAACUCCGCCGAGCAAUGUGAAGGCUUUGCGUCCCGCUCACAUUCGGAGACUACAGUAGUGAAUUGUUUUUUUUUUUUUUUGUCAGAGCACUUAUGUUUGUAUAGAAGCAGGUGUCCCCCACAAUAAGUUUCUCACGAUAACGGAAAUACAAGUUGUAUACAGUUCAUAGAACAACUGCACAUUCGGAGGCUGUAGACAUCGAACCGAGCGCGCCGGCAUCGACCGGCGCGCGCUCAUCGCAGACUAAAAGGCAAGUCAACGAGAAAGCACCUUAUUUUCAUACCAUGUUGCUGACUCGCGCUCGUACGCAAGUCACGGAAAAUCGACGUGGGUAUCGUUUUUGAAGGACAAAAACACGACCGUGCGUGAGUGUCAAUGUAGUCGCGUUUAGACAUCCCCCUCGUUAACGAACACAAACCAUUACAAACGAGACUCUCCGUCGGCCCUCGUCGGGCCGCGCCCGUUCCGGUCUCCCGGGACACCAAGUGAAAGGAAUAAUCAACUCGCAACGCAGAGUGCUGCACGCUUUCAUAGGUUAAGAGUAGGUGACCAUGUUCAAUGGACUCAAAACACUCAAAGACAUCACGACCAGGCUAGAGAAUUUUCGCUCCGCCGGCCGAAACGCUCUUCGGAGUCGCGUACUUAAUUGCUUUCAACUAUUUUGACAUUAGGACAUGUAUGGCGAGCCAGAGUGUGAUCCGGUAAUACGACGCCCUCUACCGAUUUGCUCGCCACCCGCACAGGAAAUCACCCUUCCGUGCGCACACACACACACACACAAACAAACACAACACACACACACACUUUGGACAAACAGAAAUUCAGUUGCGUUUGUUACCAGCAGCAUUCUCUGCUUUUUGUGCCGAAGUGAUAUAUUUGUGCCGUUUCAGUUGCCGGUGGAGUGCUCGUCAGUUCAUUGGAGAUCACUUGGUAACACAUUCGACUGACUUCAAAUCCCGACACGCGCAUCUGCAUGGACACGUGAAAUAUACGUUAGAAAUUCCCGCGAGGCACACACAGACACGAACACGCACUCACACACAC